AUUCUAAAUUUCAUAUUAGAAAGAAGAGAAUUGUAGGGAAAGGUUUUGGCGUUGAUCAAAAGAAACCAAAAAUGGAAAAUCGUCGUCUUCACUCACUCAUUCCUCUAGAAGAUUCCGACCAACCUGACGGUAUAUUCAUCGUCUGUUUGUAUGUGACUUGAAGUCAGUCAUCCAGCCAGCCAGCCAGCGACGUUACAACCACACCCACGUGCAAAUAUAUAUUCUUUGCUAUAUUUAUAUACGUUUUUAUUCUGGGAUCCACAUUUUCCUCAUUGUUCGAGCGAUCGGGGGCCAAGCUAAUAAUCCCCUUUUUACCAUCCUAACUUCGUCUCCUUUUCGUAUCGGAUCAGAUCAGAUCAGAUCUGAUUGUUUCCUCCUCUCAUCUUCGCCGAUUUGAUUAUACUCUUUAAGGUUUCAAUCACCUACUGUAUUUGAAGAUGAAUGGGGCAACAGAAUGCAGUGUUUGCCACUCUAGAUUGUCGUCUCCAUCAGCAAGAACGUUCUCAAAGGCAUACGACAGGCGUAGGAGCAAAAUUUCAUCAAAAGUUCGUGCCCUCAAUGUGUUAUUGGUUGGUGGGGAUUGCAUUCUAGUUGGUUUACAGCCUAUUCUAGUUUACAUGUCUAAAGUGGAUGGGAGUUUCAAGUUCAGUCCUGUCAGCGUUAACUUUUUAACAGAGAUGACAAAAGUGGUAUUUGCCAUUGUUAUGUUAUUGUUGGAGGCUCGGCAACAAAAAGUUGGAGAGAAACCCCUUCUCUCACCAUCUAAUUUGUGUCAGGCAGCUCGAAACAAUGUGCUCCUUGCUGUUCCGGCUCUUCUUUAUGCUAUAAAUAACUAUCUUAAGUUCACAAUGCAGCUAUAUUUUAAUCCAUCGACAGUAAAAAUGUUGAGCAAUCUCAAGGUCUUGGUUAUUGCUGUUCUCUUGAAGGUUAUUAUGAGGCGUCGAUUUUCCGUAAUUCAGUGGGAGGCUCUUGCUCUUUUGCUAAUUGGUAUUAGUGUCAACCAGUUGCGCUCUCUCCCAGAGGGUACAACUGCUUUGGGUCUUCCAGUUGCAGCAGGGGCAUAUUUAUGUACGGUGAUAUUUAUCAUUGUUCCAUCUUUGGCAUCAGUAUACAAUGAGUAUGCUUUAAAGAGCCAAUUUGACACAAGCAUUUACAUUCAGAAUUUGUUUCUAUAUGGUUAUGGUGCAAUCUUCAACUUACUAGCCAUCCUUGGAACUGCUUUGUACAAAGGUCCUGAGAGCUUGGAUAUCUUUAAGGGACACUCAAAGGCAACCAUGUUUUUGAUAUGCAAUAAUGCAGCACAAGGAAUCCUGUCAUCAUUCUUUUACAAAUAUGCAGAUACAAUUUUGAAGAAGUAUUCAUCAACGGUUGCCACAAUUUUUACUGGCAUAGCAUCUGCUUUUUUGUUUGGUCAUACAAUAACCAUGAACUUCAUUCUUGGGAUUUCCAUUGUCUUCAUCUCUAUGCAUCAGUUCUUUUCACCUCUUUCAAAAGGCAAUAAUGUGCCACAAAAUGGUAGCUUGGAAAUUAUUGAUGGUCCAAAUAAUUUAAGGUCAAAGGAUAAAUCCUUCCUUAAUAUGACAGCUGGGGCAAAUGAGGAUACUAGGCAUCAAGUGGAACCAGAUGAGAGAGCACCUCUCCUUCCCAUUUAGACAAAUAUAGGGAAAUUCUGUGGAGCAUUUGAAAUCGUCCAACGGAAUUUUGGAAAAUUUAACAAGAUAUAUAUUUACCAGUUUGUAGAAAAGUUGACACACCGAGUAAAAUGAGGCUUUAGUCUCCUUCCUGUGACUAGGAGAGCUGGUAUAGGUAAAGGGAAAUAUAUGGGAACUCAAUUUUUACAAUAGAAAUUGUUGUAUCUAUGUUUAUUUUCUUAAUUUUAAUGAAAUAUAUUCAAUUGCCCAACUCAUAUGUCUCUUUUGGUGAUCCUGUGGAAGAAGCAUGGGCAUUCUUAAUGAAUCAUUACCGGAAUACAAUAAAGACUGUUGGGUUUAGGGUUUUCUCAAAAAUUGCUCACUCCCUAGCCAUGAUUGAAUGUGUUUGUCUUCUAUUGAUGAAUUCUUACUGUACUAUAAACUGCAUUAUGAAUUUGUGCUACUACUAUCCUUGUGUAAUUUGUGUG